UGAAGUUUUGAGAAAAUGGGGUCUCCAAUGGCCUCUGUUACUCUUACUCUUGUGUUGGCAAUACUGUCUCUAAGCUUGCCAUCUCAAACCUCUGCAGAUGAUAACUACCCCUAUUCAUCUCCUCCACCUACCCCUUACUACCACCACUCGCCACCACCAUACCAAUACUCACCACCCAAACAUCCUUAUCACUAUCCUUUACCACCGCCAGUUUACAAGUACAAGUCACCACCACCGCCGGUUUAUAAGUACAAAUCUCCACCACCGCCGGUUUACAAGUACAAGUCUCCACCACCACCGGUUUAUAAGUACAAGUCUCCACCCCCACCGGUUUACAAAUAUAAGUCUCCACCACCACCGGUUUAUAAGUACAAGUCUCCACCACCACCGGUUUACAAGUACAAGUCUCCACCACCACCGGUUUAUAAGUACAAGUCUCCACCCCCACCGGUUUACAAAUAUAAGUCUCCACCACCACCGGUUUAUAAGUACAAGUCUCCACCACCACCGGUUUACAAGUAUAAGUCUCCACCACCACCCUACAAGUAUCCUUCUCCGCCACCACCACCAUACAAGUACCCAUCUCCUCCACCCCCAGUCUACAAAUACAAGUCACCUCCACCACCCUACAAAUACCCUUCUCCUCCACCUCCUCCAUACAAGUACCCCUCUCCACCACCACCAGUUUACAAGUACAAUUCUCCUCCUCCUCCUUACAAGUACCCAUCUCCUCCACCACCACCAUACAAGUACCCUUCUCCUCCACCCCCAGCUUACUAUUACAAGUCUCCUCCACCACCAUACGUCUAUUCAUCACCACCUCCCCCUCACCACUACUAGACACGAUUUACUAUACCACCCCAUGGAUCUGAAGAAGAACGUGUGCAAAUAAAGGGGAUGGAUUGAUGGAAGGAAGAAGCACCAUAGGGUUUAUACAGUGAAGAGAGGAACGUGUUUUACGAAAGUUGUGUUUAUUUGGUUUCGCUUUCUUUUUUAUUUUGUAUUUUAAAUAUUCAAUGUUUUUAUGCACUGUUCUGAUCUGAUGAUCCACGUGGUCUUUGCCCAGUUAUUAUAUCAUAUAAUAAAUAAAUGCCCUGAUUUUUUUCA